AUGCCCAAGUUCAAACAACGAAGAAGAAAGCUAAGAGCCAGGGCCAAACACUUACUGAAGAAGAAAGAAGCCUCUCGGGUCCAGCCUGAGCUAUUGACACCUCCCCCUCCGCCACCCACACCAGUAAUAGUGGUUACUUCUUCAACAGAUACACCCCAUAGCAGAAACUGGCUAAGACGACCUUGGAACUUCAGAUUUCCCAGCAUCAAAGAUGCAAUAAACCUUUGGACACACGGAGCAUGUUGCAUAUAUAGUUGCUGUCAGACCUGUGUAGCCCAGAGUUUCGAAAUACUGAAAGAUGCCAUCUUCCCUUCCCGAGUAUACCACAGAGAACUUCACAGUCUAAAACAGCAAGUUUGUGUUUUGAACAGUGAAUUAUGCAAGCUCCAAGAAACACUGAAGACCAUCUCAGAAAAUUCUUCUUAUCCAAGCUGUUGUCAUACGUGUUGUGUGAGUGAUAAGCUCACAAACGUGCCUGCCUGUGCUCCAACAACCCAUGGAGAAUCCGGAACUGUACUUCCUCCCACACUGCUACAGCCAGCCAGUCCUCCUCCCCCUCCUCCUCCUCCCCCCCCCCCCCCUCCUCCCCUAGCACCUUUGCUGCUCAGAAAAUCUGGUACUGCUAAAGCACUUCAGACUGAACCAUUAAAGAAAGAUGGACCUAUGCAUAUAACUGUUAAAGAUCUACUCACUGUAAAACUAAAAAAGACACAGAGUAUUGAAGAAAGGAAGAAGCUUCUACCAUCACCACCAGAGGAACGGAGUCCACUAGUUACUAUCUCUGACCUGCAGCGUGUUACUCUGAAACCCAACUCCAAGGUGUUAGCCACACGAGUUAAAAAUGUCUUAAUUACUCUUGGUAAAAGCCAGAUAGAUCUGUGGGAACUGCUGAGAAAGGUUGAUGUAGACAGGAGCCCAGGUGGGACUCCUCUCAUCAAUAAAGAAAAUAUGGAAACAGGAACUGGACUAACUCCAGUCAUGACUCGGGCCUUAAGGAGAAAGUUUCUGCUGGCUCAUCCUCAAAGCCCUACACAGUCCCUGCCACUUCCUACAAGCAGCUUUGAUGACCAAAACUGAGGCCAACUCUGCCUGACUCCAUGGAGAGAUCCAGACAAUGACAGAU